UCAACAAAGGUAAACACGCCGGGUUGUGAUUCAUUUAAAAAUUUACAAAAUAUAUGACUAAAUAAAUCAUUGACAAAUAUAGUAAACUAAUAAAAACAAACUUCAGGAAAAUUAAAAUACAGAAGAACUAAAAAUGGAAGUGCCAUUUAGUAAAGAAAAUUUUUUUUUACCAGAAAUUAAAUACGAAUAUUUGGAUCACACUGCCGAUGUACAAUUACAUUCUUGGGGAACGACGUUAAAGGAAGCUUUCGAACAAUGCGGUAUGGCUAUGUUUGGUUAUAUGACCGAAUUGGAAUAUGUAACGAUACAUCAAUGUUUUGAAGUCGAAAUGAAAGGUGACGAUUUGGAGAGCUUACUCUUUCACUUUUUGGAUGAACUUCUGUUUUUAUUUUCAACUGAACCAUUUUUAAUUUGUAAAAAACUGGAAAUCACAAAAUUCGAUAUCGAAAAUUUUGAAAUUGUUUGUCGUUGUUAUGGUGAACCUUUUGAACUUGGUAAACAUCCACAAGGUACAGAAGUUAAAGCGAUUACUUACUCAGCUAUGCAGAUUGUACAGCAGCCGGAAAAAAGUAAUUUUGAAUUGUUUGUUAUUAUUGAUAUAUAAAAUUAAUUUAUAUGGUACACGUAAACUGUGAACUAUGUGUUUAAGACCUCAUUUAUUUUAUUUUAUAUAACAGAGUCAUGCAGGUACAUAUAAUAUGUACAUAUAGUUAAAAAAUAACUUUCUGAUUUGUAUAAUUACAUGUUACACGUUAAAAUGUUUAUAAAUAA